ACGCAUGCUUGGAGCGCAUCUAACGAUUGGCUAAUUCGGGAAGCAGUCGCGCGACUCUUUCGUUCGUAUCGAAUUCGGUUUCGGUGUUUGAUUCGGUUUCGGUUUCGUUUUCGGUGUGGUUCGAUCGUUUGGUUGCAAUUGAAGCGCUUUUCUCGGCAAUUGCAUUCGGCUUUGUCGCUUUGAUUGAUGAACUCAACUGAACUAAGCCCAGUUGUCGACUCGGACUCGGUCAGUGCAGUCGACGAAGCGCGCGUUUCGUCCAUUUGAGUUCACUCAGAGGCUUUGCUCUUUAAACGUUGACAAUUCAAAUCUAAAACUCCAAUCAAAAUACCAACGAAAUAAAACCCGGUGUGUAAUCAAAUUUUUUGUGUGCUAUUCAAUUUGUUGUUAUUGCCAUCGCGUUGUGACGCUUUCGCUUUCGGUCACUGUGACCCUGCGUUUUAUAGCGGUCCCUGCAGGCGCUUUAUUCUAAUAACCCUCCAGUCAACAAGGGCCCAAAAACACAACGAACACAAGUCUAUAUAUAUAUAUAUAUCUUUAUAUAAUAUAUAUGUAUGUAUAUAAAUACGAAUAUAAAACAAGUUCAAUUCGCAUUUCAAAAUGUUUAUCGAGUUCGUCCCCAGUACGCAGCUCAGAGCCAGCGUCGUCGUGUGCUUCGCCUUCAUAAAUUAUACAAGCGCAUUUUUGUGAACGACUUGCAAAUAAAUAAGCAUUUACGCUUUUAUUAUUGUGCCGAAGUGUGUGCGGGUGUAUGUGUAUGUGUGUGUGUGUAAGUCGCGUUUGUUCUGCAGAAAUCGGUCCCAUGCGGCGCAGAGUUAACCAAACGCAAACCCAACCGAAAGCAACAGCAAGAAAGCUUCAGCCAGCACCAAGCAGCUGGCAGUGCUUAUAAGCCAUACCAUCGUCAUAUUUUGGUCUUGAUUUGUAUACGAUCUGUGAAUAUCAUCAUAAAAAAAAAACAAGAAAAAACAAAGACAUAUUUAACUGUAAGCUCACGCGAAAAUGCUGACGAUUUCGACUGACAACGCGGCGCAUACGCAACUCGCUUAAACUCCAAAGAGGUAACAAAUACGAACUGAGUAACAGAGUAACGGCUGCAAUAUGAACUGCCUGUGUCGACCCUCGCGGAUAAUGUCCGUGCGCAUUAAUUUGCUGGAUGAGACCGACUUCAUACACGAGAUCAAGGAUGAUUUGCCGGGCCAAGCGCUGCUGGAUGUCGUUUUUGCCAGGCUCAAUUUAAUCGAGACUUCAUACUUUGGCAUUCGCUAUAUAGACGAUGAGAAUCAAACGCACUGGCUGGAUCCAGCGUCACGCAUCUCUCGCCAGCUGAAGCCCAAAUCGGAUCCCUACGACUUGUACUUUGGUGUCAAGUUCUAUGCCGCCGAUCCAUGCAAACUGCUCGAAGAAAUAACGAGAUAUCAACUCUUCUUGCAAGUCAAACAGGAUGUGCUACAGGGACGUCUGCCCGUAGCCUUUGAACUGGCCGCCGAACUGGGCGCCUUUGUGGUGCAAUCCGAAUUGGGUGACUAUGAUCAGCGACGCCAUUCGAAGGGCUAUGUGUCGGAGUUUCGCCUGCUGCCCAACCAGAGCAGCGAGUUGGAAACCCGCGUCUCAGAACUGCAUCAACAGCUCAAGGGCAUGUCACCAUCCAGCGCCGAGCUGAACUAUUUGGACAAAGUCAAAUGGCAUGACAUGUAUGGCGUUGACUUGCAUCCCGUGCUGGGCGAGGACAGUGUGGAGUACUUUCUGGGCCUGACGCCUAGCGGGAUUGUGGUGCUGCGCAACAAGACGACGGUGGCUCAUUACUAUUGGCCGCGCAUUGCCAAAGUUUAUUAUAAAGGACGCUAUUUUAUGCUCAGGAUAAGCGAUAAAAAUAAUGAGCUAAGCACUUAUGGCUUCGAAACUCCACGCAAAUCGGCGUGCAAACAUUUGUGGAGAUGCUGCGUGGAGCAUCAUGCGUUCUUCAGACAGGUGCGCGUUGCACCUCUGCCCAAUUCCCAGUCACACGCUGCGGAUUUGUUUCAGCUGGGCUCCCGCUUCAGACACAGUCGCUCGGACAAGCAAAUGGAGAAGGAUGCACUUGCUGCCGGACGUGCGCCGCCCGCCUUUACGCGCGUACCCUCCAAGCGCCAGCCUCGGCGCGUGAUUGAUGACUUUUUCAACAGUAACGGCGGAGGUGGAGUCGGUGGUGGCGGCAUCGUCCACAUUGGCAACCGCCCCCUGCCAUCGCAGCCGCUGCCGCUUCAGAGCUUGGCCAACACCAGUGGCAAUGCCAACGCCAACAACUACGACAGUCCCUACCGCUCCACGUAUAGCAUACCCACCAGCUUGGGUGUGCGUCCCAGCCAUCAGCAGUCCUCGCAGCAGAACAACAACUCCAGCAGCUACAACAACAACGGCAGCAAUUUGCAGACACCUGACUCGCCGCGCAGCACGCGCAGCGCACCCUGGCCGAGAUCCCAGCAGCGCUCGCUCUUCGGCCACAAUCCGUCAAGUCCGCGCUCGGUGCGUUCGGUGAGCACCACGGGCGGCGGGUUGCAUCAUCACCACAGUCAUAGCCAUGGCCAUGGUACGAGUCAUCAUCAUCAUCAUCAGCAUCAGCAAUCUUCGUCGUCGUCGCAUCAUCAGCAGCGGCAGCAGCGUGCCAGCUCAUCAUCCGCCUCGCAUCAGCAGCAGCGCUAUCGCUCCAGCUCCGUGGAGAGUCAUUCAUCAAACGAUUCACGCUCUACACGCCGACACAAGCAUCGGCAUCGCCGCACCUCCGACAAUGAGAGCGAGUUGUCACGUGGUUCGGGUCGCUCGGGACGUUCGCAUCAUCGCAAGCAUCGACGCUCGCAUCGACAUCGACGCGACUCAGCUGGCGGCUCGGAUCAUGACAGCACCAGGGGACGAAGUUACUCAGGUCAUCGCAGCUCCUCCAUGCGCAGCGGUAGCGCCGAGUUGAUUGAUUCAACCACGCAGUGGCGCGAGGUGCAACGGCGACAGGCGGAAGCGAGUCUGGGCCAGAGCUCCGUGCAGCAGGCGUCCGUGUCCAAGAGCAGCAUGGUGGCUCGCAGUCUGCACAGCAACGACAGCCACUCGGACACACAUUCGCACCACAAGUCACGACGACAUCGCAAGAACAAAUCUCCGUCGGAGUCGCGCAGUCGCAUGUGGAACAGCGAGCUGGCCAAGCACUUGCAGUUCGAUCUGGUGGAUACCGCCGGCAUGUCGGAGCAGCAGUUGCGCGAGAUACCCUACACCGUGGUGGAGACGACUUCAAAGCGCUCCAACUCCAAUCUUAAGAUCCACAAGAGCAACAGCAAGAGCAGCGUGGGCGCUAAGAGCACCGGAUCGGGCAACACAAUCACGAACGGCAACGGUUCGACUGGCGCUGGGCAGGCGAAGAAUCGAGUGGAUCGCAUUAGAGGACUCUAUUACCAAAGCUCUCAUCCGCAUGAUAGCAAUGUCGGCGGCGUGGGCGGCAGCGGCGGCGCUCCCAAAAACGGUUCAAUACGCUCGGCGAGCACAAUCUCCUCACGCGAAUGCGAGCGCAACAACGGACAUGGCCUAGUGCGCAUGAUGUCUAGCAUGAGCAUGGGUGACUUUAUCUCGCCCACGGGCUCCAAUCUGAGCCCCUUGGAGAACUCAGCGCUACGCGUUUCUCAUGAGCACACGGACUCGGGACUAGGUGCUGAUCAGGACUAUGCCUACUCCUCAGAAAGGUCCAGCGACAGCACACGCUAUGGCACCAACAAAUCCUCUGGCGCCUCAAGUGGCAGUCACCGCAAGUCGAUUGGCAGCGCCGGUGGUGGUGGUGGCAACAACGGUGGCUACAACAGCCUCAUGCAACAGACUGUGAGUAAUCAACAGCAACAGCAGCGCUCACUUUUCGCACAGCAGCAACGCCAACAGAAGCCCAAUUACAAAUACGCUUCCUCCUCGUCUACUAACCCGAAUCACAAUCCAAACCCAAGCCUGGCACCGGUGCAUAACGCAUCUGCCUCAGCUACUAACUCAACGCCGCCGCCGCUGCAGCCAAGCUCUUCGGGCGGCAACAGCAGCAGCGCCGGCGCCGGCAAUCGUCUGCUAAGUUACACGACCUUUGAGAAUAAUCAGUACAAGUUCAGUUUGAACAAUGCGCUGGGCAAGGGAUCGGGCGGCGGUGGUGCCGGCGGCUGCGGCGGCGGCGUUGCCAGCUGCAGCAGCAGCAAUCUCACGGGUAACAUGGUGUCAGCUAGUGGUGGUGGUGGUGGUGCUUUCAGCAGGCAACGCAGUUUUGUCGAGUGGCCAAACAAUCCGGCUGCGCCAUACUAUUAUCAAGGUCCAUCAUCCAGUGCGGCGCAGGUCAAGCGGCGCGAUGCCAAAUCGGAUAUUGGCGUGCCCACGCGUCGUUUAUCCGGUCAAAGUCUGACAAAGACGCAGCUGCUCACUGGUGGUGCAGUGGGCGGCAGCUCUCAGCUGGCCAAUGCCAGCUGCUAUCCCAUGCACUAUGCCAGCAGUAGCGUCUCCAACGCUGGCUACAAUCGGGCCCUGGGCCAACGUGGAGCGGCCGGAGCCUCACACAUCGGUGGCUAUGGCCUGCAGCCGGCCAAAUCUGAUCUUUUCUUGUCCUACAUACAUGGCGGCGAGUACGAGCGCCCCUACAUCUACAACUACAAGAUGCCGCAGAUGCCGCCGGGCAUUGCAAGCAACAGCUCUAGCUCUGGCGCUGGCUCUGGCAUCGGUUCGGGCACCGGCUCUGGCUCCGGCACUGGCUCGCCCAAGCAGCUGGCCAGCGCGUAUCACAUUUCGGGCGCCCAGACAGCGGAUCCGCCGCCACCGCCGCCGCCUUUGUACGGUGGCUCGGCGCCCGCCAACGACGUCAUGUACUAUCAGUUUGACAAAGGCGCCGCCGUCAAGCCCGCACAGCAGCCGCCCAUAGUGCAGCAGCCGAAAGCGUCAGCGGCUGCCGCAGGUACUGGGGGCAGCAGUGGGCCAUUAGUGUAUCUGCAACAUGGACAGAAUAUCGCGCCAUCGAAUGUCACCUCGACGCAGCAAACUAGCGCAAUUCCAACGCCCGCCCACAACGACCCAGGCCCGAGCCUGCAGCAGCAGCAACACCAGCACGUUGCAGUAGCAGCUGCCACAGUUUGUGCUUCGGCGCCCCCGCCAACUGCUUUUUGCAAACUUUGGCUGCAACAGCAACAGCAGCAACAGCAACAGCAGCAGCAACAACAACAGCAGCAGCAGCAACAACUGUUCGAGCAGCAACAAGCAUGGCUAUAAGCAACUGCAAGAACAACAAUGGCCACAUCACGUGUAAGUGCAAAGUUAAAUGGAAACUAGAUGCGGGCGCUCGCACAAAAGUAUGCUAAGUUGCAACUGCAACCAGCAACCAACAUCAACAACACUGAACAACAUUUAAAAGCCGUUGGGCCAAAAGUUGUGCAGAACUUUCGUAUCGACAACAACGUUGCGGGCUUUGUCGUUGCAAAUUAAAUGUACAUUUUGCCAACAUGUAAAUAGAUAAUGUCUGUAACGAAUCUUUAGUGUGUAUGAGUUUAGUAUGACUGUGUCUGUGUGUCUGUGUACAAAGCGAAAGAUCAUAUGUAUGCUUAAAACUAAUUAACUAAGCAAAACACUUUAAAAUAUGCAUGGAAAAAAUAAAACAAACGAAACGAAACGAAAAUACGAAGAAUUUUGAAAUAGCUUACGAUGCGCAGCAAAUAAUCAAAAAGCCAAAAAAGCAAAUGUAACUCACAGAUAAGAGAGGGCACACAAAUAACGCAACCAACAACAACAAUAAGACUACCAACAACAUAAAAGCAAAAAUAAAUUGUGCGUUAAUGAUAAGCGGCGCGCAUUUCAGCGGCAUAAAAUUUAUUAAAAUAUGCGUGCCGCACAGACAGCAAAAGGAAGACGCCCAAAAGCAGGCAGCAAGAAAAAUAUAUUUGUGCUUACGAGUAUAUAUGUACAUGUGUAUGUGUAUGUAUGUUGAGGCUUAGCCACACACUCACACACACACACGCACAACAACAAAGACACUUGCGCUUCCUGGCCAAGGAAAUCGUUAGCGAUAAAUAUAAAAUUUUAUUGUUAUGCGUGCGUUGCUUUCGAAUGUGUGUGUGUGUGUGUGUGUGUGCGUGUGUGGGUGGCCUGCAAGUAAAUUAAAUAUGCUUUUUUAUUAACUACUAAGAACCAAUUUGAUACGCAUACAAAUAAUGCCGCACAAGUAGCAUGAAAAUUAUGUAAAAUUUAAUUUUACUUCAAUGGAGAAAUUUAAGAAGCAGCGGAAGCAAAAAAGCAAAGCCAAAUAAAUUUAUUAAGUAGCUCAUAAAUGUAAUUUUAA